CUGACUCUUGCUAAGUCUUGCAGGCAAGUAGGUAUUAAGGGGGGGUAUACUCAGGACUAAUAGCCAGCUAUGUGUGGAGCAGCCAACAAUGGAAUUUGCAGACCAAGAAAUAGGGGAUAAUGGUAAAUGUCUAUGCUGAAAUCCACAAUUCAGCUACGUCUGGAUUUUUCAGCAAUAGUGAGUUAUCUAAUCAUUCUCUUUUCCAUGUGUCUACAGUAGAAAAAGCAAUAUGCAGAAUGUUUGCAAAAAGGAAGAAAAUCAUUUAUAUGUUGUUUCAUUAAUGUCUUGCUUUCAAGUGCUGAUGAGUCUAACAUGGAGCUUGUCCCAGCACCAUAUGCAGUUGUAGUGGUUGCAUUGGUGACUCCAGCCAGACCCUCCAUCUGAAAGAAAAAAAUCCUGCCCCUCCUCAGCUGGUCAAAGGGAAAAUCUCUGUCCCUGGUUGCCAGCUACAAGCCAGAGAGCAAAGUGAGGACUAGCAAAGCCUUGGUUUCAAUUUCCUUUAGUAGCAGUUGAACAAGUGGACUCAGUUAAUGGUUGUGGUUGCCCUCCCUGCCAAGUCCACAAAGCUCUUCCUCUUCUCAGCAAAUCACACCUCCGCCGUUUGGGAACUGGGUGUGAGUGGCCUUUCUCUGGGCUUGUGUUUGGCUGUGCAGCCAGCAACACCACUACAGCUUCACCGACUCAUAUCUCCCAGUUGCCAGUGAUCCAACCUUAUGGAGAAUAAGAAAACCACGCUAACAAACAAGAAGGACAAGUUUCUUUGUGUACAAAGCAUAGUCUGCGGAGGAAGACCAGUUGGGGAGCACCCAUUGCAGAUACCUAUAAAUGUAUAUAUAUAUAUGCGCGCACGUGUGUGUGUAUGUAUAUAUAUCUCCAGCUGUGUUCUGCUGCACUUGCAGCACUGAUAGUGGCAUUCAAUGCACCCUCAAACUAACAUGUACAGAGUCUGGAUAAGGCAGGUCUGAUAAAGAUGGGAGCUUUUCUGGUGAUCAGAAUGGUGUUCUCACGGUAGCAACCCUUUGAGGCCAGGUUUGGUGACUCAGGAAUGUGGCAAAUAACUGAGUUCCAGCCUAAAUGUGCAUCAUCUCGCUGCAGCAUGUUCUGUGCAGCCGUGUUUAUUUGGACAGACCGGUGAACUGGCGCUGUGUGGCAAUGCCAGGUGCUGGUGAGGGUGUCAGGAGGCCAUUUGGCUCUGUUCUGCAGAUUGAAAUCAUGUCCCCGGCAGCCUUGUAACAGAGUACAGCUGACCCUCUUCUGACAUCCCUCACGCAGAUACAGUGUUCUCUCAUCUGCACCCUUUGCCUGCAGUCAGGGUUGUGGCUACUUCAUGGAUUUUGGCUAUGCGUAAACUGCAGAACCAAGAGCACUUGUCAUCUCCUGCAUCCCCUUCUUGACUCUCUCAAAAAGAGACCUUGGCUCAUAACAUUUUUCCCCUUAUUUCCUUGGAAAGCAAACAGGGAUGUGUAGGAGGAGGGGAGACACUUUUAUCUCAUAAAACCUUUCAUAAAGUCAGCAUGCAGUUUUCUUCAUCCAGGUACAGCUGUACCACACAAUAUCUUGAUGGCCACCUGGCUGCAGUCACUUUGCAGGGCUGAUGGUGUAUUUAGGGAUGCAUCCUCAAGUACUCAGGGGUCAAGAUGCUCAAAUAUGCUCUUUAAAUGCUGACAUGCAGUCAGGAGGAGCGGCAUGCUCCUGGAAUCGAUACAUGCCUGUCAUUAUUUCCCCAGUGCACGGGGCCGUGACUUGUGUGCAUCCUGGUUGGAGGGAACUGAACUGCAGCAGCAAGAAGGAAAACAAGACAACAGUCUUGCCGUUUAUGCAGACUUCAGAUGUCUAUAGAUUUAUUGAAGGAAACAAAAUUGAAACAAUUUCAAGAAAUGCAUUUCGUGGCCUUCGAGACCUGACUCACCUUUCUUUGGCCAAUAACCAUCUCAAAGCUCUGCCAAGGGAUGUCUUCAGUGAUUUAGAUUCUUUAAUUGAACUAGAUUUAAGGGGAAAUAAAUUUGAGUGUGACUGCAAAGCCAAGUGGUUGUUUUUGUGGUUAAAGAUGACAAAUUCCACUGUUUCUGAUGUCCUGUGUAUUGGUCCAGCAGAAUAUCAGGAUAAGAAGUUAAAUGAUGUGACAAGUUUUGAUUAUGAAUGCACCACUACAGAUUUUGUUAUUCACCAGAUUUUGCCCUACCAGUCAGUUUCAGUGGAUACAUUCAACUCAAAGAAUGAUGUGUUCGUAGCCAUUGCACAGCCCAGCAUGGAGAACUGCAUGGUGCUGGAGUGGGAUCACAUUGAAAUGAAUUUCAGGAGUUAUGACAAUAUCACAGGUCAGUCCAUAGUGGGAUGUAAAGCCAUUCUUGUUGGUGACCAAGUCUUUGUGGUGGUGGCACAGCUCUUUGGUGGCUCACACAUUUACAAGUAUGACGAAAGCUGGACAAAGUUUGUCAAAUUCCAGGAUAUUGAAGUAUCUCGCAUUUCCAAGCCAAAUGAUAUAGAGCUUUUUGAGAUAGACAGCGAAAUGUUUUUUGUCAUAGCAGAUAGCUCUAAAGCAGGUUUGUCAACAGUGUACAAGUGGAAUAACAAAGGAUUUUACUCAUACCAGUCCCUUCACGAGUGGUUCAGGGACACUGAUGCUGAGUUUCUUGAUAUAGAUGGGAAAUCACAUUUAAUCCUCUCUAGCCGUUCCCAGGUUCCCAUUAUACUCCAGUGGAACAAAGUUUCCAAAAAGUUUGUCCCACACAGUGAAAUCCCCAACAUGGAAGAUGUCUUGGCUGUGAAGAGUUUCAGGAUGCAAGAUAACCUGUACAUCACACUCACGAGAUUCAUUGGUGACUCCAGAGUUAUGAAAUGGAAUAGCAAACAGUUUGUGGAGAUACAGGCUCUUCCAUCCAGAGGAGCCAUGACGCUGCAACCUUUCUCCUUCAAGAACAAUUACUACCUAGCCUUGGGAAGUGACUAUACCUUCUCCCAGAUUUACCAGUGGGAUGGUGAAAAGAAGAUCUUCAGAUUAUUUAAAGAAAUCUAUGUGCAGGCACCACGGUCUUUCACAGCUGUGUCAACAGAUCGAAGAGAUUUUUUCUUUGCCUCUAGUUUUAAAGGGAACACUCAAAUAUUUGAACAUAUCAUCAUUGACUUGAGUUUAUGAAAAGCUGCUGGAGUGAAAUUCAUGUCAAAUGACAUUUAUACACAAACAAAGCAAAAAGAGACCUUUCCAAAAACAGGGUGCACCUAUGGAGUAUGGUGACAUUUUCCGAACUUUUCAAACUUGCAUAUUAAUCAGGGAUUGCAUUUACUUGGUUACUGCAUGACAUGUCUGUUUUAUCCUUUUUCAAAGACACUUUGCAAUCUGCAGUCAUUCAGCGGAGAGUGUAGUGCGUUAAGAUUGUUGUUGACAUCUAAGAGAAUUAUCUAAAUUUUAACCAGAAAACUACCUUGAAUUGAAUGUCUCGUGAAGAAAGUGAAGACAUACAAAGCAUAGAAGUUAUCUUGACUCUUCAACUAACAUGUUAGUAAUGAUUUUGAGACUAGAACCAGUUCUUUAUGGUUGCUGAUGGAUUGUAAAAACAAACAGUAAUGUUCCAGAAUACACUUUAUUUUUGUUUCUUGAGGUCUGUCUGCAAAACCUGUGGUUUAUAGUAAGUCCAAUGUAUCAUUUUAUUUCAUUGUAGAUGAAAGGGAAAGUCAAAAUCUAUUGCCAUUUUUCUGACAUGACUUACUAUUUCAGCAAGAAAUUGUGUGUAACAAGUACCCCAGCCCACAGUAUCUGGGUAGCCAGGAAGAGUACAUCACUUCUGGACUGUGAGAUCUUGGCAAGUUAACAUAGACAGAAAAUAAUGGAGGUCUGCAUGGUGCCAUGAAUGAAUCAACUACAAAUUCCAUCCCCUUUCUGUUUUAAUAGGUAUUUCAGAAAUCCAACCCAUUUUGCCCUAUUUCAUACUUUUCCUGAUGAUCCCUGUAGAUUCUGGGGUGUUUUAACAAGUAAAUCUGUUGUGAUCUCUCAUUCUAGAGGCACAGCUUAAGCUUAGCCUGAAACACACACCCACAUUCACAUACUGUGUGCUGUAGCUUGUCUGUACACAAUGAGAUGAUUUAUUUACAGCUCUCCCCCCAGCACAGCUCACAAUCAAUAAAUUCAGGCUUGGGUCAUCACAGGCUGUACUUGGGGAAUCCUCUUUCUGGCUGAGGUCUGAAUAGGACUGGUAUCACCAAGUCUCUUGAAACCAAGGCAGCCAGAGCUGUUUCAGGCUAGAGCUAACCCUGCCUCCAAAGGUUUCCUCUUGGUGGCUCCAGGCUUUUGCCAGGUUGUGAGUUCAUUGAAAGCUAAACAGGAGGAUGUGAACAUUCUGUACCACAUAGUGGUGUUUUGGGUGGCUAAAGACUAAGGUGUUUAGGGGCACCUAAAUAGGGCAGUCCUGGCACUCAAGAGCCUCUGUCAGGAUAACAGUAAGGGACUGUUUCUCUGGAAGGGCUCUCCACCAUCCUUACACAACCAAAUUAUGUAUCAGAGCCCUUGUUUGUUCACUUACACAAUAUGUUUCUGUAAGUUUUCAUGCCACUUACCAUACUAUGUUUUAUCUUUUCUUCCUGCAGCACCGCUGCCUUGGAUAAUAGAACAGCUUUUCAUAAAGCAUGCAGAGCAAAGGAAACUUGUCUUUUAUUCCUUCAUACUCAGGGCUGUCUAACGAUCUCUGUGCUGAGUGAGCUUCACAUAUUGCCCUGGACAUGAGAAACAUGGCCUAGUACUACAAAUAGAGAUGUUCUCAUAGACUUUCUGACAUCCAAGAUGUGAACAGUGCUGCAGAAGAGGAUUAUGCACAAGGACUCCCAUGAGGAGUCAUAACCUACCAGUGACCUGGCAUAUCACAGCCUUCCCUGACUUUUAUAUAUAUAUAUAUAUAUAUAUAUAUAUAAUAAAAUUAUUAUUGGCCUCUCAGAGACAUAACUCACUCUGUUUUAAAAUUAUGUGUUAGUUUUUUUUCCUGAAGAGGUGCUUAUUCUGGUUUUAUUUUUAAUUACAAUGGCAACUUAGCCCAUCCAGCCAUCCAAAGUAUUGAGCGCUGCCCUCUGCAUCGCAAUGCGAAGCAGUCCCAGUGGUUCAGUCAGACCAGUAGAUGCAAACCAACCCUCUGUAGUAGGUUUUAGCAAUACCUCUCCUAGGAUUAAGCUAACAAAUCUGACAAAACAAAGAGAGGAUUCAUAUGUCUGCCAGUGAAUGCAAUUUCUUACCGUGUUCCCAGUUUACUUUUUAAAGCAGGUAUGGCUGUCAAGUAGUUUCUUUAACCUCUGUUGUGAGAAGGCAUUUUUUAUUGCUUUUCUGCUGAGCAUGGAUGUUUAAAAUGAGUUAGAUACUCUGAUGAGAAGGGACAUUUCUCAGUGCACCAGGACUUUCUUUUAGGGUUCACUGUGAGUACCUUUCACUCAGCAAGAGGCAUCAGUCAGAACUAAAAGCUAGUUUAGAUAAAUUGGCUCUUGGCAUUUUUUACUUGAAGGGAAGCAAGAGGAUGGUGGAAAAGGACUUGUGUAUUGAAUACCAGGAGAUUGUACUGUUUUGAGAGCCAAUGGGAUUUUGAGACUUGGCUAUCAAGUUGAAUUAAAUUAAAAUGGUCUCUGCAGAGACAGGCUUAAUAAAGAGGAUAAAGUGAUCCACAGGAGUCUAGCUCAUUCACAUGGGACCAGAAGAAAAUGAGGGAAAUGAAUUAUGCGGGCAGGCUGCUGCUUCUGCUGAGUAGCUGUGUUGGUUGGUCAGAAAGCCCAGCUCAGCAUCCCUCCCGGCUUCAGGAGGACCCUGGAGUCAGAUGCCAGCCUGCCUGUUCUGCUGAUUUAGUGCACAGGAGGUCAAAGCAGCUAAGAGGGAGGGCAAAAAGCACCAGGUGAUGAAGAAAAGGUUAUGGUACAUUUCACAGGAUUAAACAAAGGCAGGGUCUCAAAAAGAGCUGUGUUCUGUUCUUCCUGCUCCCAAGGAAAAGCUGCAGGAUGCAGCUAUACAACAGAAAUCACUAAGCAUCAAAAAUACUUUCUGCCUUUCCAAAUGCAAUGGUGGUUUUGUCUCCAUGGCCUAUAUUCUCUAAUAGCAAUUGUUUUGAAUAGUAAAUAAGCUAUGCAUAUCCAUAAUUUAUUGCCACUGUUAGACCGUCAGGACAGUGAGAAAGGAUAACAGAACAUGCCACCUGGUAAUUUGUAAUGUAUUCUAAAAUACAUACAACUAUGUAAAGAACAGUAGUUUGUAUAAGCAUAGAUUUAAUACAAUGUGCUAGCUGCAGUGGGAGCAUUUUAAGCCUGUAUAUACAUUGAGCUUUUUUUAGUAAAGAGAAGCUGAUGCAAUCUAUACUGGACACAUGUAUGUACUCUUUCAAUAUAUGAAUAAAAUGUAGUUAA